AUGCGAGCCUUCAUUCUACUCCUGACGUUGCUGCUCUCCACAGCCCUUCAAACCACCAACAAGAAGGUGUCUGUCAAAGAAGUCGUCUUCGACAGUGCUGUAGCCGACAUGCUAUGGCUCGGUAUUGACAAUAAGGUUGUCCUAGUGAGAACUACUCGUGGGAGAAUCUACAGAUCGAUCAACGGUGGUGACGUUUGGGAUGAAAUCACCAACGCUCUUGUGAGCAGUGGCUCAGCUACGACCUACGCUGAUUACAGCUCGUCUGGCAGUCGUGAUUUCUACCUCAUUUCGAUGGUUGCUAACGACAAUGACAAGAACAUGGUCGUAGCAGUGUCCAAUCACCGAGUUCACUUCAUCAGUGAUGAUGCUGGCCAGCGCUGGCGUGUUGUGAAGUACAAAGGAAUACAUUCCUACGUUUUCCAUCCGACGCGCUCACAAUGGGCCCUCAUGUCGACAUGGACCGAGGCGUGCGAGUCUAGAGGCAUGCGUAACGACGCUGAUGUCGACCCCUGCCAUCACUCACUGUUCCUAACACAAGACGGAGGCCGGACCUUCCUAUUGGUGCAGUCCUAUGUUGUCCAGUUCGACUGGGGUGACAAGGCUUUCUCUCAAGAGGAUCGUAUUUAUCUCACUCACUUCAGGUUCAAAUCAGGAGAUCAGCCGAAACUGACCCUUUGGUCCGCCGGUGUUGAUUUCGCCUACAGCGACGACAUGGGUCAUACCUUCUACCAGGCCGUCUCACAAGGCAAUAAAUUCCUCAUCAGUAAUGGCUUCAUUUUCGUGGCAAAAUUAGUGGAUAAAAAUUCCCAGAGUGUCAAGUUGAUGGUGUCAGCUGACGGUGGUGAGCACUUCACUGCAGCUAGACUGCCUGUAAAACUAGAAGAGAAAAGCUACACUAUACUCGACACCAGUGAAGGUGCUGUAAUGCUCCAUGUGAAUCAUGACUCCCCUGGCAGUGGUGGAGUCGGCAAUGUCUAUGUCAGUGACAAGGACGGGGUCCGAUACAGUCUCAGCUUACCAAACAAUGUCCGAGGAAGCAAUGGUGACUGUGAAUUCGACAAAGUACUUUCCCUUGAAGGAGUGUACAUGGCCAACUUCAUGGACACUGAUCUCGACAAUGACGGUUACGAUGAGGAAAUCUCCGUUGAGGGCGAAACUGAGGACGCCAGUUUUGGUAUGGGUCGUCAGCAUGGCCGUGGGAAGGCGGGAAAGGACGAAAGCAUGAUUCGCACGGUUAUAUCUUUCGACAAGGGUAGUGUGUGGUCGUAUCUAAUACCACCUAGAGUGGAUUCUAGAGGAAAGGCGAUCGAGUGCCCAAGAGAUAGGUGCUUUCUCCACUUGCAUGGUAUCACUAACUUCCAUAACUAUGCUCCGUUCUACUCCUUGGAGACUGCUGUUGGCCUUAUUAUGGGCACAGGCAACGUUGGUCCCUAUCUGCGCUUUGAAAAUGACGAGGUUAACACCUAUCUUUCUCGUGAUGGUGGCCUUACUUGGAUCGAAGCGCACAAAGGUGCCUACAUAUACGAGUUUGGCGACCACGGAGGUCUGGUCGUGAUGGCUGAUGACAUUCACAAGACUCGCCAAGUGGUGUUCUCUUGGAAUGAAGGCCACAGCUGGUACGACUUUGAUGUGUCCGAGCACGCUAUGGCCGUUGACAACAUCGUCACUGAGCCGACUUCGACUUCCACGAAGUUCUUGAUGCAUGGCACACGGAGUGAUGCUGGUGUUCUCUACCACAUCGAUUUCGAUACAUUGGGCCAACCUCCAUGCCAGGGCGCGUGGGCGGCGGACUCAGCCGGCAGUGACUAUGAGACGUGGAUACCGAGUGAUGGGAGGACUACUGGCGAUGCUUGUCUGCUGGGCAGGGUCAUCAGCUAUGUCAGACGGAAGAAGGACUCUGAGUGCUUCAAUGGUGAGAAAUUUGAGAGGCCUGUAAUACGCCAUAACUGUCCCUGUACGAAAGAGGACUUUGACUGUGAGCUCGGCUUUGCCCGCAAGAUCGGCAGCGUCGACUGCAAGCCUGUGGACGUUGAUGCGUGUACUUCCUCUGGCAUGUUCUUUGCUGAUGCUUACAGAAAAGUUGUCGGGGAUACGUGUGAAGGAGGAUGGCGUCCUCAAAAGGAGCGAGUUCCCUGUCCUAGCCACAGUCCAUUCUCCAGGGGCGCCGUAGCAACCCUGAUGAUUAUCGGAUUUCUGGUAGCUCUCAUGUUUGGUGGAACUUAUGUGUCGGGAUCAGAGAGGUGGAAGAAUACUAUCGGCAACUAUGGCUUCGAGACGCUAGAAUACGUGAAGUACUCGACGAUUGGUCGCAGUGCUAGGCUUGCUGUUAGUGCCACUGACGAUAUGAACCCUGACGACUUCGACGACGCCCCGCAACUUGAGCAUUACUCAUCUAACGUGGGCAAGCACAAGAAGUUCGACGAGACUGGGGAAGAGCUCAGGAGCAUAGAGUCUCCUAGGAGCAGUGAGAGCUCAGGAGAAGGCGGGGGCGGUGUACCCGACUUGCUCGGCAUUGACGAUGAAGAUGAAGAUUCGACCGACUCGACGGCUCAAGUUCGGAUGCGGUCUGGUGGUCUCGCCUCGGCUACCGGGGUUGUCCCCAGGCUGCAGCCUCCUCCUACUGGUCCCGCCAGUAGACACACCAACGCCGAGCAUGGUGAUGAUGGGCCGCUACUGUAG